GCCCUGUGUCUCCCUCCUGCAGGAAGGGUCUGACGCCCGGGGACCCGCUAAUCAGGCUCAUGCAACGAGGGCGUCUCGGGGCGCGGCCUCCGGCGGCCGCGCCGCACUGCUCCCCACGGGGCCCUGCGCCCUGCGCUGUGCCGGCCGCGCGCCCGCGGGGGGGUGGGGGGAGGCCGCCGGAGCGGCCCUUGGGGCAGGGUGUCCCCCGGCCUCUCUAGGCGCUUCCCCGCCGCGCUGCGCUCGCUUCCACACCUCCCCUCUCUAGGCACCGCGCGUUUUUUUCUUUUUCUUUUCUUUUUCUGGCUAAGUAACUUUUGCAUUCGCGCCUCCCCCGAGUCCUGGGGACCAGAGGCGGUGCCGAGCCUGGGGGCGGUUCCUUGGCAGCGUUGGUUCUUGUUGGAGCCAGACUUUUGCUCCUGGGCUUGGUUUGCAUCAUCCCCAUCACACCCUCGGGAGAGGGGAGCGACCCCCUUUCAGUCCCAGCUUCCGGCUCCGAGCUGCCCCUUCUCUCAGCCACAGCAUUCUCUGCCAAUUUUUUUUUCUUUCUCCCUCCUCUCCUCCAUUUGUUGCUUUAUGUUCCCCACUCUCUGAGCAACGAUGGUUGAUUUGGAGAGCGAAGUGCCCCCUCUGCCACCCAGGUACAGGUUCCGGGAUUUACUGCUAGGGGACCAAGGAUGGCAAAACGAUGACAGGGUACAAGUUGAAUUCUAUAUGAAUGAGAACACAUUUAAAGAGAGACUAAAGUUAUUUUUUAUCAAAAACCAGAGAUCAAGUCUAAGAAUACGGCUGUUCAAUUUUUCUCUCAAAUUAUUAAGCUGCUUAUUAUACAUAAUCAGAGUGCUACUAGAAAAUCCUUCACAAGGAAAUGAGUGGUCUCGUAUCUUUUGGGUGAACAGAAGUCUACCUUUAUGGGGCUUACAGGUAUUAGUGGCAUUGAUAAGUCUAUUUGAAACAAUACUGCUUGGUUAUCUCAGCUACAAGGGAAACAUCUGGGAACAGAUUUUACGAAUACCCUUCAUCCUGGAAAUAAUUAAUGCGGUUCCCUUCAUUAUUUCAAUAUUCUGGCCUUCCUUAAGGAAUCUAUUUGUCCCUGUCUUUCUAAACUGUUGGCUUGCCAAACAUGCCUUGGAAAAUAUGAUUAAUGAUCUACACAGAGCCAUUCAGCGUACACAGUCUGCAAUGUUUAAUCAAGUUUUGAUUUUAAUAUCUACAUUACUAUGCCUUAUCUUCACAUGCAUUUGUGGAAUCCAACAUCUGGAGCGAAUAGGAAAGAAGCUGAAUCUCUUUGACUCCCUGUAUUUCUGCAUUGUGACGUUUUCCACUGUGGGCUUCGGUGACGUUACCCCUGAAACCUGGUCCUCCAAACUUUUUGUUGUCGCUAUGAUCUGCGUUGCUCUUGUGGUCCUGCCCAUACAGUUUGAACAGCUGGCCUACUUGUGGAUGGAGAGACAAAAGUCAGGUGGAAACUAUAGCCGACACAGAGCUCAAACAGAAAAGCAUGUUGUUCUGUGUGUCAGCUCACUGAAGAUUGAUUUACUUAUGGACUUUUUAAAUGAAUUCUAUGCUCAUCCAAGACUACAGGACUAUUAUGUGGUGAUUUUGUGUCCUACUGAAACAGAUGUGCAAGUUCGAAGGGUGCUGCAGAUCCCCAUGUGGUCCCAAAGAGUUAUCUACCUGCAGGGUUCAGCCCUUAAAGAUCAGGAUCUGUUGAGAGCAAAGAUGGAUGAUGCUGAGGCUUGCUUUAUUCUGAGUAGCCGUUGUGAAGUGGAUAGGACAUCAUCAGACCACCAAACAAUUUUGAGAGCAUGGGCUGUAAAGGAUUUUGCUCCAAAUUGCCCUUUGUAUGUUCAGAUAUUAAAGCCUGAAAAUAAAUUCCAUAUAAAAUUUGCUGAUCAUGUUGUUUGUGAAGAAGAGUUUAAAUACGCCAUGUUAGCUUUAAACUGUAUAUGCCCAGCAACAUCUACACUUAUUACACUACUGGUUCAUACCUCUAGAGGGCAAGAAGGCCAGCAAUCACCAGAACAAUGGCAGAAGAUGUAUGGUAGAUGCUCUGGGAAUGAAGUAUACCACAUUGUUUUGGAAGAAAGUACAUUUUUUGCUGAAUAUGAAGGAAAGAGCUUUACAUAUGCCUCUUUCCAUGCACAUAAAAAGUUUGGUGUUUGCUUGAUUGGUGUUAGGAGGGAGGAUAAUAAAAACAUUUUGCUGAAUCCAGGUCCUCGAUAUAUUAUGAAUGCUACAGAUACAUGUUUUUAUAUUAAUAUUACCAAAGAAGAGAAUUCAGCAUUUAAAAACCAAGACCAGCAGAAAAAAAGCAAAGUACCAAGGUCAUUUUAUCAUGGACCUUCUAGACUACCUGUACAUAGCAUAAUUGCCAGCAUGGUAUCACUUCAUCCAUGGCUCUGCUUGGACUUUGUUAGAUAUGCUAAAGGCUACCCACCUUACUCUCCAUAUAUAGGAAGUUCACCCACUUUUUGUCAUCUCCUUCAUGAAAAAGUACCAUUUUGCUGCUUAAGACUAGACAAGAGUUGCCAGCAUAACUACUAUGAGGAUGCAAAAGCCUAUGGAUUCAAAAAUAAAAUAAUUAUAGUUGCAGCUGAAACAGCUGGAAAUGGAUUGUAUAAUUUUAUUGUUCCUCUCAGGGCAUAUUAUAGACCAAAGAAAGAACUUAAUCCCAUAGUACUGCUAUUGGAUAAUCCGCCAGAUAUGCAUUUUCUGGAUGCAAUCUGUUGGUUUCCAAUGGUUUACUACAUGGUGGGCUCUAUUGACAACCUAGAUGACUUGCUCAGGUGUGGGGUGACCUUCGCCGCCGACAUGGUGGUGGUGGACAAGGAGAGCACCAUGAGCGCGGAGGAGGACUAUAUGGCCGACGCCAAGACCAUCGUGAACGUGCAGACCCUCUUCAGGUUGUUUUCCAGUCUCAGUAUAAUCACAGAGCUUACUCACCCAGCCAACAUGAGAUUCAUGCAAUUCAGAGCCAAAGAUUGUUACUCUCUUGCUCUUUCAAAACUGGAAAAGAAAGAACGAGAAAGAGGUUCUAAUUUGGCCUUUAUGUUUCGACUACCUUUUGCGGCUGGGAGGGUGUUUAGCAUCAGUAUGUUGGACACACUUCUAUAUCAGUCAUUUGUAAAGGAUUAUAUGAUUUCUAUCACCAGACUUCUGUUGGGACUGGAUACCACACCAGGAUCAGGGUUUCUUUGUUCUAUGAAAAUCACUGAGGAUGACUUAUGGAUCAGAACGUAUGCCAGACUUUAUCAGAAGUUGUGCUCUUCUACUGGAGAUGUCCCCAUUGGGAUCUAUAGGACUGAGUCUCAGAAACUUACUACAUCUGAGUCUCAAAUAUCUAUUAGUGUAGAAGAGUGGGAAGACACCAAGGACCCCAAAGAGCAAGGUCAUCACCGAAGCAACCACCGCAACUCCAUGUGCAGCGACCAGUCCGACCACCCCCUGCUGCGGAGGAAGAGCAUGCAGUGGGCCCGGAGACUGAGCAGAAAAGGUCCCAAACACUCUGGUAAAACCGCUGAGAAAAUGACCCAGCAGCGACUGAACCUCUACAGGAGGUCAGAAAGACAGGAGCUUGCUGAACUUGUGAACAAUAGAAUGAAACACCUGGGUCUUUCUACAGUGGGAUAUGAUGAAAUGAAUGAUCAUCAAAGUACACUCUCCUACAUCCUGAUUAACCCAUCUCCAGACACCAGACUAGAGCUGAAUGAUGUUGUAUACUUAAUCCGACCAGAUCCACUGGCAUACCUUCCAAACAGUGAACCCAGUCGGAAAAACAGCAUAUGCAACACCACUGGUCAAGACGUUCGGGAGGAAACUCAACUUUGAUGAUAAGAAAACAAGAGACAUUUUUCUUUUCCUACAAGGGUCUUUCUUGAAACAGCUCUAAAUCUUAGAAAAGUGUUGUUGGAAUGAAAAAAAAAGUUGGAAUAUAUUCAAUUCUCUCAAGUUUAAGAAAAAUCUAUUCUCUUAGAAAUAUAGAUAAUUUUGAAAUUUAAAAUACUGCUUAUUGGUAAUCUUGCUAUUGAUAUUUGAAAGAUAUCAAUGGAAUGAUUUUGAAAACUUACACCACAAAAAAAAUUGAAUCUGAUACUUGUUUGACAAUAAUCAAACAGUAUGAAGCCAAUUUUUAAAAGUAUUUAGGUUUUAUGAAAGUAAACUAAAAAAUCUAGCUUUAUUUGGUGCAUCACAGUGGACAUAGAAGAUUGUUGCUCCUCUUAAAAAUUAAAUGUGUCAUAUUGUUUAAGCUUGCUAUUUUAUAAAAUUGAGUUCAUUAUAAAUGUCUAGUCUUCUCUAAACAGAGAUUAACAAACUUGUAUGACUACUUUUCUGUAAGAAUCAGUUUGCUUUAGAAUAUAAAUCCUUAAUUCAUUUUAGCCUUUUUCUACCUCUUCAUAUGAUAUAUUCACUUUAGAAUUCGAGAUGCUCAUAGCAUGUUUUAUUACACUGAAGAAACCAAAACAACCAAACAUAAAUAUCAAGUACCUGAACUUUUUGCUAACUUUAUGCUUGACAUACUCUGUAUGCCAAGAAAAUUGUAUGAAAAAAAAUAUUUAGUGAUCUCCUAAAAGGAUAUUUAACAAACAAAAUACUUAAGACACAUUUGUGGACUUAAGUUUAAUCCAAGAACUGAUAAAUUAACUGAAAUGUGAGUAAUGAUUUUCAUUAGACACGAGUGUUAGCACUUUUUAUAUAUCUAUACAGGUAUAUCUUGUUUUAUUGUACUUUAUUGCUCUUAGUAGAUAUUGCAUUUUUCACAAAUUGAAAGUUUGUGGUAACCCUGUGUUGAGUAAGUGAGCAGCAUUUGCUCACUUCAUGUCUCUAACAUUUUGAAAGUUCUCACAAUAUUUCAGUCUUUUCAUUCUUAUAAUAUUUGUUAUGAUGAUCUGUGAUCAGUGUUAAUGACUAGCCAAAUGCUCAGAUAAUGGGUAGCAUUUUUUAGCAAUAAAGUGUUUUUAAAUUAAGGUAUAAACAUUGUUUUUUUAGACAUAAUGCUGUUGAACACUUAAUAGAAUAUAGAGUAUAAUUUAAACAUAACUUCUACAUGCACUGGGAAACCAAAAAGUUCACUUAAAUCUAUUUCAGUAUUUGCUUUAUUUUUGUGGUUUGGAACUGAGCCUGCAAUAUCUCCAAGGUAUGCCUGUAUAGUAUAUUUCAAUAGAAAGAUACUUUAAAAUUCAAAGAAGCAAAAUUGUACAUUUUAUGGGAUACAAAAACAUUUCAAAGUCCUCCUUUAUGCCUUCAUUAUUGAAAUAAUCACAUAAAAAAUGUAAUGUUAAAAUUUUUUAUUUAACUUUGAGAAAUCAUCUACAAGAACCAUUUGAACAUCAUGAAGAAAAAGCACAUAAUAGAGAUAGUUUUUGCCACUUUAUAUAAAUCAUGAGAAUUUGAGUUAUAAGUUAAACAAUUUUUGACUGCUGAUGACACCAGUGCUUUUAUCUAUAUCAUUUUAUUCCUUUUCAGAAACAGAAUGAAAAGCAUAAGAAUUUAUUUGCCUGGUAGUUGGAGUUUGUUAAAGUAUUCCCAUGAGAGAGACAUUAAUAAAUCUAAAAAGAUAUUUUUCUUUGUAUUAUAUUUAAUUUCUGACUUUGACAUUGGUUUUUAAUUCCACAAAGUAUUGGAAAUAUGGCUAGAAAGAGACAUUUUAUUCUUUCUUUUCAUAAAAAAGCAGAUAGACUGAAAGGAAAAUAGAAAGAUUAAAAAAAAUAAAGCCUGAUAGUGCCCUAAUAGUUCUAUAGAAAUAAAAAUGUAAAGCAUAGAAUUUGAAAUUAUAGAUUACAACCAUUGUAUACUUUGGCUUAGAGAAAGUGAAAUGCCUAUUUGUUGUUACUUUUUAAUAUUUUAUGUUGCUCUCAUUUUAGAAUAACAAGAUCACCAAGAGUUUCUCCUAAAAUAUGGAGAGCUAUCUUUAAUUUCCUUUAAUCAGACAAGGAAGUAGAACUUAUAAUAAGUUAUUUUAAAAUUGGAAGUAUACCUUAAAAUGAAAGUUGUAUGCAUAUAUCUGUACAUGUUAUAAUAAACACAUGUGAAAUUCAUUUGACAAACAUAUUCACAUGUAAUUUAUUCAAACUAAAGACAGAACUGAACAUGCAUAUAUAAAGGGUAAUAGUAACAAAUUUGAUGAACUUGUUCCAUAUUUGCACAUCAGUAGUCAAGUAUGAUGUUUCUUUGAGUUGUCAUUUCUUUACUUCAUUAGUGUUGAUUUUAGGAUUAAAUGUAAGUUUUUAUGAAUCUUCUAUGUCCCCACAAGAUCUCAGUUUAGUAUAUUUACAUUAUGAUGACAGUUGUCAACUAGGAUUUGAAGCUAAGGCAUCACUAUAUUUCCUUUAAAUUAAAACUUUUGUUUCAUAGAUUUUACAAUAAUUAUUUUUAUUAUAAACAUUAGUGCAAAUUGAAUAUUUGACAUAAUUCUUGGCUUGCUAUAACAAUGAUAGUUUAUUAGUCUUUUUGUUAUUUAAAUAAUAAAAAUAUGCUUAUAAAAGCCUUUUAAUAAACUGUUGCCUUUUUAAAAUACACUUGCACAUGAAAAUAAAACAUAAGUCAGUAAUAGUCCUUGUAACCCUAUGGGAAUUAGUUCUGUAUACUGUCUAUGUACCAUUUUGCUACGCUUUAAAAUAAAUAAUAAAAUUAUUUCUG